CCUCGAUCUAAUCAGCAGCUUUCUCCAGAGACUCUUGCUCUCAAUCGACAUGCUUCCUCUGUCAACUCGGCCAAACACAAGUCACAGUCAUGGCUGCUCUUCGAACAAUACGACCCACGGCUCUGCCGACAGGUAUCCGUCAACUCCUCACCUCUCCACGCAUAAUGUCCUACUCGUCACCCGCCUCAUCAACACCACCGCCUCCACCAAAGUCCUCAGUGUCCGAAACCGAAAUGUCGCACUUCUCCGCCCUCGCCUCUUCCUGGUGGGAUCCCGAAGGCCCCUCCCGCAUUCUACACGAAAUGAACCCUCUUCGCCACGUCUUUAUUCAACGCUGCCGCUCGCUAUAUCCCCGGGAUACCACAAAACCUACGCCAAAACUACGAUACCUUGACGUCGGCUGCGGUGGUGGCAUCUUCGCCGAAUCAGCAGCGAGAUUGAUAGAUACAGAGUCAGUGACGGCAAUCGAUCCGACGAAAGAGGUAUUGGCCGUGGCGAAGAAACAUCAAAAGAGUGAUCCGUUGCUGUGUGAGCCGGGAAGAUUGAACUACGUCAACACUGCCAUUGAGAAUCUACCCUUGCCCGUGACGCCGGACCAAGGCGUGGAUGUGUUGUCGGUGUUCGAGGUUAUCGAGCAUGUCACGCAUCCUGCUCCUUUCCUGGCAAAUUGCAUGCCUCAUGUCAAGCCUGGUGGUUGGUUGGUUCUCAGCACUAUCAGUAGGACGUGGGCGAGUUGGUUUACUACCAAGCUUGUUGCCGAGGAUAUUAUGCGCAUUGUCCCGCCGGGUACGCACGACUGGAACCAGUACAUCAAUGUUGACGAGAUGAAGGCAUGGGCAGCCAAGCAGCCAGGCUGGAGUAACCCCAUGACCAUGGGCGUGGUCUACAUUCCCGGUUAUGGCUGGAAAGAGAUCCAGGGCAGCGAAGGAUGGGGCAACUACUUCUUCGCCAUCAGGAAGAAUGCUUGAAUGAGACAUAUUUGAUCAUGUAAUUCUAGUGUAGCAAUAUCGUACAUUUUUCUUCUGAGCAAUUGCCGUCAAUUCACAAAUGAAAGCAAACAUUUUCUAUAACCAUGCACUACUUCUUUUGAGACGGCGACUUCUCAUGAGGCACUUUCUAAGCGCCUGCUCCAGCUCCGCCUCUCAUCCUCUUUCCAGCUCCCUCGUCACCGCCCUCGUGUGGACGCUUGUUUCCUUGCAGACCAGGUGUACCAGGUGCAAACUGUUGCGCACCAGGAUUCAUACCUCCACGGCCUCCGCCUCUACCUCUGCCGAUCCCUCCGCCGCGAGGAAGACCUCCACGUUGAGUUUGGCCGGCAGCACCUUGGACACUGAUGCCCUGACCUUGAGCAUUUUGUGCUCCGGGCUGUACAAGUCC